AUGCACAGAAAACCCAGCCAACUGAAUCUUAUCCGUAUCGACUCGGUGAAACAAGGUCGGAUCUGGCUGGACAAUGUCCACUGUUCAGGGCGGGAGAGAACACUGGCCCAGUGUAAGUCCAAUGGCUUCGGAGUGUCCGACUGCAAACACUCUGAGGACGUGGGAGUGGUGUGUAACCAGAGACGCAUCCCCGGCUUCAAGUUCAUCAGUAGCUUCACCAACAGUGUGGAGAGUCUGAAUGUCCAGCUAGAAGAGGUGCGUAUCCGGGCUAUCUCCUCCCAGCGUAAAAGGGUCCCCAUCACAGAGGGCUACCUGGAGGUGAAGGACGGGGGGAAGUGGAGACAGAUCUGUGACGAAGAGUGGACAGAGAUGAACAACAGGGUCAUCUGUGGGAUGUACGGCUUUCCUGGAGAGAAAGGAUACAACACUAAAGUCUACAAGCUGCUGGCCAAGCGGAGGAAGAAGAACUACUGGGACUUCGGGGUGAACUGCACGGGGAACGAGGCCAGCCUGCAUGGCUGUAAGCUGGGCCGCAAGGUGGAGCUGAAGGGAAACGCCACCUGUGAGAAGGGGAUGCCUGUGGUGGUGAGCUGUGUCCCAGGACGGGCAUUUGCUCCCAGCCACGCCCAGGGCUUCAGCAAGGCCUACAGGGUGGAGCAACCCCUGGUGCGUCUGAGAGGUGGGGCCAACAUAGGAGACGGGCGAGUGGAGGUGCUGAAGAACGGCGAAUGGGGCACCGUCUGUGAUGACAGCUGGAACCUAAAGGCAGCGUCCGUGGUGUGUCGAGAACUGGGCUUCGGGAGUGCAAAGAUGGCCCUCGCUGGAGGCAGGCUGGGACAAGGAAUGGGCCCAGUCCAUAUGAAUGAGGUGGAGUGCUCUGGCUUUGAGAAGUCCCUCACAGAGUGUUACUUCAACAGAGAUGCCCUGGGCUGCAGUCACGAGGAGGACGCUGCAGUUAGAUGUAAUGUUCCUGCCAUGGGCUUCCAGAACAAACUGCGUCUGAGCGGUGGGCGGAACCCGUUUGAGGGGCGUGUGGAGGUGCUGGCGGAGAAGAAUGACUCGCUGGUGUGGGGCACAGUGUGUAGUGAUAGCUGGGGCACCAUGGAGGCCACGGUCGUGUGCAGGCAGUUGGGCCUUGGGUUCGCCAGCAACGCCUUCCAGGAGACGUGGUACUGGCCGGGAGACGUGAGGGCUGAUGAUGUGGUGAUGAGCGGGGUCAGGUGCUCAGGGACGGAGAUGACCUUGGCCCAAUGCCUCCAUCACGGGAAACACCUCCACUGCCCUCAAGGGGGAGGGCGCUUCGCUGCUGGUGUAUCCUGCUCCGAGUCGGCCCCAGACUUGGUUCUCAACGCUCAGGUGGUGGAACACACCACAUACCUGGAGGACCGGCCAAUGUACAUACUGCAGUGUGCCAACGAGGAGCACUGUCUGUCCAGCAGCGCUGCCAUCGCCACACCCUCCUCCUACCGUCGCCUGAUGCGCUUCUCCUCCCAAAUCCACAACAACGGACAGUCCGACUUCCGCCCCAGGGCUGCACACAACUCCUGGGUCUGGCACGACUGCCACAGACACUACCACAGCAUGGAGGUGUUCACCCACUAUGACCUGCUGAGCCUCAAUGGCACCAAGGUAGCAGAGGGACACAAGGCCAGUUUCUGUCUGGAGGACACCCAAUGUGAAGAGGGUAUUGAGAAGAGGUACGAGUGUGCUAACUUCGGGCAGCAGGGCAUCACUGUUGGCUGCUGGGAUACAUACAGACACGACAUCGACUGUCAGUGGAUAGACGUGACAGACGUCGUGCCAGGAGACUACAUCUUCCAGGUUGUAAUCAACCCCAACUAUGAGGUGGCAGAGUCCGACUACACCAACAACAUUAUGAAGUGCAGGUGUCGAUAUGAUGGCCACCGGAUAUGGACGUACAACUGUCAUAUAGGUGAGACUGGAUGACAACAGUGGCGAUUACUGGCUACAACAGUAUUGAAUGUGAUGGACACAAUUAACUUUUCAUGUUCAAAGACAUUUUUUCUAUGGAUAACAAAUUACCACAUUCCAAAGAGGCUUACAUUCAUUUAGUAAAUAAAUUGGUGAAAAGGCAAUCGCAAAAUUCUAAAACAUUUUAAUGAGACAAUUUACUGAUAAUACUAACAUAUUCACAACGGAUGGUCCCCAAACACAUGUGCUUUAAGGUUAGUCUUACAAACUGGAGAGACAGAUUUCCAAUUUCCUCUGCUGGAUCGUAAUGUUGGCCAUUACAAUAGUCAGUAAUUUUUUUUUUAAAUAAAAUACAAACACACACAGUCCCAGUCAAAAGUUGACACCUACUCAUUCCAGGGUUUUUCUUUAUUU